UCCUGCCAGCUCCGGGGAGGGGACUCCGUGGUGGCCCGGCGGGGGCAGCCAGGCGAAGCGGCUUUGUCCUUCGGCUGAGCCGAGUGCGUGGGGGAGGCGGCGGGAGGACCCGACGCGGUGGCUUUGUCUGGGGACAGCGGCGCCGUGACAGCCAAAGGGGGGGACGUGGGGGACCCGAAUCCCCCGAACCCCCCCCAGCUCAGCCCUGGGCACCGACUCAGCCCCGUACAGGCGUGGAGGGAAACCCAUGGCCCCCGGACCCCCAGGCCCCCCCCGUGCAGAGACCCCCCCACACAGUCCCUAACGCCCCGUGGGCCCCCCCGGCCGGCCCCAGGGAGCCUGAGCAGGUCGCCCCCGCGCCGCUGAGCCAUGCGGGAUCGCCCGGGUCCCUCCCCUCCAGAGCCAUGAGCGGCUGCCGGUACAAUGGGGGGGUGGCACGGCCCCGGGGCCCCCUGAGCACCUCCACCCGCACCCUGCACCCCCUGGAGGGGGAGACCCAACCCCUGCGGCCCCGAGGCCCCGAGGUGGUGGUGGUCUCACAGCCGGAGGAGCAGCCCGGUGCCCCGGCGGUGGCCUCGGGGCAGGAUGAGGCCGAGGAGAGGGGAGGGGGCCCUCGUCGGAACCAGAACAUUGGGUACAAACUGGGCCACCGGCGAGCCCUCUUUGAGAAGAGGAAGAGGCUCAGCGAUUACGCCCUCAUCUUCGGGAUGUUCGGCAUCGUGGUCAUGGUGACAGAGACAGAACUGUCCUGGGGGGUCUACACCAAGGAGUCAUCGUAUUCCUUUGCACUGAAAUGCCUUAUCAGCCUCUCCACCCUCAUCCUCCUGGGGCUCAUCGUCAUGUACCACGCCAGGGAGAUCCAGCUCUUCAUGGUGGAUAACGGUGCCGACGACUGGCGCAUCGCCAUGACCUCCGAGCGCAUCUUCUUCAUCUCCCUGGAGCUCCUGGUCUGCGCCAUCCACCCCAUCCCCGGGCAGUACCUCUUCACCUGGACGGCCCGUUUGGCUUUCACCUACGCCGCUUCGGUGGCCGAGGCCGACGUGGACAUCAUCCUCUCCAUCCCCAUGUUCCUGAGGCUCUACCUGAUCGGGCGGGUGAUGCUGCUCCACAGCAAACUCUUCACCGACGCCUCCUCCCGCAGCAUCGGGGCCCUCAACAAGAUCAACUUCAACACCCGCUUUGUCAUGAAGACCCUGAUGACCAUCUGCCCCGGCACCGUCCUCCUGGUCUUCAGCAUCUCCUCCUGGAUCAUCGCCGCCUGGACCGUACGAGUCUGCGAGAGGUACCACGACAAGCAGGAGGUGACCAGCAACUUUUUGGGGGCCAUGUGGUUGAUCUCCAUCACCUUCCUCUCCAUCGGCUACGGGGACAUGGUGCCACACACCUACUGCGGGAAGGGCGUCUGCCUCCUCACCGGCAUCAUGGGUGCUGGCUGCACCGCUCUGGUGGUGGCCGUGGUUGCCAGGAAGCUGGAGCUGACCAAAGCGGAGAAACAUGUCCACAACUUCAUGAUGGACACGCAGCUGACCAAGAGGGUGAAAAAUGCAGCUGCCAACGUACUCAGGGAAACGUGGCUCAUCUACAAACACACCAAGCUGGUGAAGAAGAUCGACCAUGCCAAAGUUCGGAAACACCAGCGUAAGUUCCUCCAAGCCAUCCAUCAAGCUCAGAAGUUGAGGAGUGUCAAGAUGGAGCAGAGGAAGCUGAACGACCAGGCCAACACCUUGGUGGACCUGGCCAAGACCCAGAACAUCAUGUACGACAUGGUUUCGGAGCUGCAGGAACGUCACGAGGAGCUGGAGAAACGUCUGGGGGCUUUGGAGACCAAGAUGGAAGCUUUGGGGUUGAGCCUCCGGGCACUGCCCGGCUUGGUCAGCCAAGCCCUGGGGCAGCAGCAACGAGAGCUCCUGGGGAGCUGGACCCCCCGGCUCUGCACCCCCACCAGAACCCCCAGAACCCCUUCCACCGCCCCCCCCACCUCCUCGGACAGCGGGUGAUGGGGGGGGGGGGUUUGGGGGAUAUCCCCCCCUUUUUUUCCCCACCCCCCCUCCUCUUAUGUCUUGGCCAUCGUGUGGCUGAUCUCAGUAGCUUUGUUCUGUAAAGCCCUCUAUAAAUUUC